AUGAACCAACACGGGCCGGCUCAACACCAACAGCGCACGUUUCAAGACGAGGCAAUGCUCUGGUAUAGGUCACUUCCGCCAGUGACAAAGUUCUUAUUCUCCUCUUUUGUGAUCGAAGUUUUAAUUGGGACAGUGCUUGUGGAUUUUCAAUAUUUGGCGUUCAUACCAGGCAAUGUGCUAAAGAUACGAUAUCCCGAAGCCUGGAGACUAUUUACAGCAUUCUUCUUCCAAAGCUUUGGAUUGAGUUUUGCUUUCCAGCUAUAUUUUCUAUAUAGAUAUUCCUUCGAUCUCGAAACGUCGAAAUUUGCAGGACGCCCCGCCGAUUAUGUGUUCUUCCUUCUGUUUGAGGCCGGAUUGAUGCUUAUAAUCGCUGGAUUCUUGAUACCAGCCGGAUUUGAUAGACUAUUUUUACUUAACGUCUCGCUGGUAAUGGCAAUUGUAUACACAUGGUCACAAUAUAACAGAGAUAUGACGGUCACAUUCUUCUUUGGCCUGAGAUUCAAGGCACUGUACUUCCCUGCCGUUCUUCUUUUAUAUGAAUUUCUGGUUCUCCAGGGUCAUGUACCCUGGGAUAUGGUCCUGGGUAUAGGAACUGGUCACGUUUACCAUUGGCUUAUGGAAGAAUAUCCCGCAACUGGGGGUCGUCGAUGGCUAACCACUCCAAGUAUAUUGUACAGAUUCUUUCCGAGUACAAGUUCGUCAUAUAGUCGACCAUAUGGUGCUGCGUAUACGCGACCAAGCAGUCGAGAAACGAAUCAGAGCGGUCGAGAACAUAAUUGGAGUGGGAGAGGUUAUAGGUUGGGGUAG